UUUGCACAGGCUUUUGCAUGGAUGAGAGGCCUGAAGGUCAACUUUGGCAAGAGAAAGUUGUUUCCAGUGGGAGAUGUGCCAGAAAUCAUUAGGUAUGCCGAGUUGUUGGGUUGUGAUUGAGAAUUUCUUCCCACGAUUUAUCUGAGAAUGCCAUUGGGGGCGACUACCUCAACAAAUACAUUAUGGAAUGAGAGCCUCUCAAAGCUGCACUGGAAAUUGUCGGGAUGGAAAGAAAUUGCAUGUCAAUGGGAGGGCAAAUCAUUUUGUGUAACUCCGUUUUGGCUGCUCAACCAGCAUAUUUGUUUGCCCUUUUCAAAGCCCCUAGAAAGAUUAUUAAUAGCAUGAAAAAAGUGCAUAGAGACUUCAUUUGGAGCGACACGAUGGUGAAACAGAGAUUGCACUUGGUUUCCUGGGAAAAUUGCAAAACACCGAGGAAUAAAGGGGGCUUCAGUUUACCUGAUCUUGAGUUUCGCAACUUUGUGUUACUGGGCAAGUGGUGGUGGAAGGCUGCAACUGAAAAAGAUGCAUGGUGGCGUCAUUUGCUUGCCUUCAAAAAUCCAAAUUCGAAUACAGAAUGGCUGUUGGGCUCGACUCAAGGCAGUAUGGGGUGCCGCCCGUGGAGUCAGAUCAGCAAACUUAAGCCAUUGAUCUGGUCGAGAGCCAGGUUUGAAGCUAGAUGUGCUUGGCUUUCCUUCUGGCACGACAAAUGGACUACGACUGCAACACUUGCGAAAGUAUACCCAAGAGUUGUUGCUGUUACCUUGUCAAUCCUAACAGUAUGGUACUUGAGAAUAUCGUUAUGGUGAGUGAGAGUAAGAAAUUCGAGAAUCUUCGAGGGAAAGAA